UAAUUCUGCGAAUUACCCGUCCCUAAAACAGUCAGAUCACUGCCACAUGGAAUGGAGGGCGUUACUAAAAUUAUUUAGAAAAAUAGAAUAAAAAUUACAAAUCGGACUCCACAAUACCGUUGUGUUGAUUAGUGAUUUGUUAGCUGUAUAUGAAAAAUAUUUUUUGAAAUGUUUUCCACCGUUCCCAGAUCGUUGUUAUGUUGCACAAACGCAAUAGGCCCAAACAGGGCUCUGGCGUAUGUACUCUCAAAAUGCCCGGCGCUGGAACCCACCUCAGUACUCUGCCGGGAGUACCACGAGGUUACCGGGAAUAUUAUUUGUCCAAACGUUGUCAGAGGUAUCGAUCAUCUCAGGGAUCCACGGCUCAACAAGGGUCUUGCAUUUACUUUAGAAGAGCGCCAAGCUCUCGGUAUACAUGGUUUGUUGGCGGCCAAGUUCAAAACUCAAGAGGAGCAGUUGGACAUCUGUAGGAUAUCAAUCGAUAGAUAUGAGGACAAUCUGAACAAAUAUCUAUACCUCGUCGAGUUACAGGACAGAAAUGAGAAGCUGUUCUUCAGACUUUUAGCGGAGAAUAUUGAGAAGUAUCUGCCCAUUGUGUACACUCCCACCGUGGGAUUGGCGUGUCAGAGGUUCGGUCUGAUUUACAGACGACCUAGAGGUCUCUUCAUCACCAUCAACGAUAAGGGUCACAUAUUCAACAUUCUUAAAAAUUGGCCGGAACCUGAUGUUCGUGCUAUCGUGUUCACCGAUGGUGAGAGAAUCCUCGGUCUGGGAGACCUUGGCGCGUACGGGAUGGGUAUUCCCGUGGGAAAACUGUCUUUGUACACCGCUUUGGCAGGCAUCAAGCCCCACCAAUGCCUUCCUAUAACACUGGACGUCGGCACGGACAACCAGGAUCUUCUUGAAGACCCGUUGUAUAUCGGCCUUCGCCAGAGGCGAGUCCGAGGCAAGGAAUACGAUGAGUUUAUCGACGAAUUCAUGGAGGCGUGUGUGCAGCGAUACGGCCAGAAUACUUUACUUCAGUUCGAAGACUUCGCCCUGCCCAACGCGGGACGUCUCCUCAAGAAGUACCGUAACAAGUACUGUACGUUCAACGACGACAUCCAGGGCACGGCCAGUGUGGCGGUGGCUGGACUGAUGGCGGCUGUGAGAGUCACUAAGAGGAAGCUCAGCGAGAAUAUCUAUCUGUUCUUGGGAGCUGGUUCUGCAGCAAACGGCAUCGCCAACCUUACAGUGUCAGCCAUGGUGGCGGAGGGCCUGUCGGAGCGCCAGGCUCGCGAGCGAGUGUACAUGUUCGACGUGGACGGGCUGCUGUCCACGCGGCGCGAGGGCGGCGUGCCGGAGCACGCCAAGGUGUUCGGCAAGGACAUCGAACCGGAGAAGGAUUUCGAAGCAUGCGUCGCCAAGAUCAAGCCGAGUUGUCUUAUUGGGUGUUCGACUGUCGGUGGCGCGUUCACAACGAAUGUACUGAAGCAAAUGGCCAAGAAUACAGAGAGGCCCGUCAUCUUCGCGCUGUCCAACCCCACCAGCAAAGCUGAGUGUACUGCGCAGGACGCCUACGACCAUACUGAGGGUCGUUGCAUCUUCGCUUCGGGUUCGCCGUUCCCCCCAGUGAACUUCAACGGCAAGGAGUUCCGUCCCGGCCAGGGGAACAACUCGUACAUCUUCCCUGGCGUGGCGUUGGGCGUCAUCGCCACUGCCACACAUCAUAUAUCCGAAAACAUGUUCCUCACCGCUGCUAGGACUCUAGCCAAUUACGUGAGUGAGGACGAUCUGUCGAUCGGUCGUAUUUAUCCCUCGCUGGCCGAGGUGAAGGAGGUCUCCGUGGCUAUCGCCAUUGAAGUUGCCAAGACGGCUUACGACGAAGGUCUGGCCUCAGUGUACCCAGAGCCGAAAGACUUAACGAAACACGUACAAAACCAAAUGUACAGCUAUUAUUACGAGAGUGCCAUGCCCAUAGUGUGGGACUGGAAACCGGAAGAGAAGUUCAACGUGAGACCCAUACAGCCAGUGCCCAAGAACAUCUAAACAGUAUUAGAUUUAUUUGUAUUAGUCAAUGACGCAGGGACACGUUUCGUUUCUGUGUACUGUCAAGCAUAAAAGUCAUAAAUCUACAAUAGAUAUAAGUUAAUUCAAAAUGGAAGAUUAUAUUGUACGCAUUACGCGGAGUUGCGAUAGCAUUCGUUGUGUUGCAAGUUAUUUUUAUCAAAACAUCAAUGUAUUAUUGAAAGUAUCUUUUCAGUUUCGUUUAUAAUUUAAAAUGAUUUAUACAUAUUAAGACCAUUUCAAGAUCUAAAAAAAAUGAGAUUAUAUGAACUCUUAGUGUUAAAAUAAGUUUUAAUUUAGGAGUACUUUUGUGUUUUUAAGUAUAUUGUCAAAUAUCGACCAUUGAGUGGUUAGUUUUAGUUUAUAUCGUGCUUCAAGCACACGGAAUAAGAUAAGGGAAUUGAAUCGGUGACGGCAUGUUAUGACUUAAAAUAAUUGACUUUUAUGAUUGACUGUACAAUCAUUUAAUAAUUUAAAGCGCCCGAACAUUUUUUCUUAUACCAUGGUGCGGUUUUAUUUUUCCAUGGUCGACGCAAUAAGUUCGGCGCAAAAAAAAAAAUGUUUUUAAUAAAUCGGAGUGUUCAGUGGUUUCCAUUUAUUAUUAAAGAUAAUCACACAAAGUAUUUUAUAACUUCUAUAUAACGUGUAUGUAUGUAUGUUGUCUACGGAUCUUAGUAAUUUAAUCGGAACGCUUCAUUAAUUCACAUCAAGUAACUUAUUCCAAUCGUAUAAAUCAUGUUAAUAGUAAGUUACUUGACGUUAAGUCAUUGUCAUCAUUCAAAAUCGUAAUGUGCGUGUAGCGAGUAGAAGAAUAUAUCGAUUUAAAAAAAAAUCAUAUGUGUGAGAAUAAUAAUUAUGGUGGCCUUUUGUCAUUGUUUUAGCUUGUCACUGAUUGUUCGUAGAUUUUUAAAUGUAUUUAAAUGUGUCUACACCUCGAUUUCAACACAAAAUGCACUUAAAAUUAUGACGUAAUGUCGAUCGAUUAAGAAUCGUUGUUAAAAACUUUUUUAAUUCAUGAAAAUAUGAUUUAUUUUAUUUCUUGAAGCGUUUGUAUGUUGCAACGACUUCGAACGAAGACAUUUACACGUAUUUCUCAACAUUAAUUUAUUCUUAGCAAAUGUUUUAGCAAAUUUUGGUAUUGUAUGUAUAUAUUAAGAUCCAUGUACGUAGAUAUAAAUUAUCAGACUUGUCCCUCCUUAAUACAUGACCAAAAAUUCGUAUCAGCUACUAGAGUUUAUCGAUAAAUAGACGUUGAACAAUAUUAUUUUCAGACAGCCAGAUGGCAUUGGUUUUGCAACCACACAGCCAAGGAUAAAUAUAUUUAUGUUUAUUAAUAUUAUUCUGUUUUGGUUACACAGUCUAGUCACCGCAGUAUUGGUAUUCUGCGAACACAAUGCAUUUUCAGUUUAUUUAUUAAGAGUUAAAACGCCACCUCGUGAAUAAUAAAGACAUUUACAAUAAUUUUAAGAUCAUUCAUUUGAGUGUAGUGCCACCAUCAUGUGAAAAUAUAUUUGGGUAUUAUUUUAUUGUACUUGAACUUCCAUAGGCAACAAUUUGUAACAUAGACUAAAAACGUCUGCUCUGGCAUAGAGAAAACGUAUUUUUAUUCGUAUUAAAGUCUAUUGUCCGGUGUACACACUAUUUGUGUUAAAUAAAAAAUUCUCGCGUUAGAUAAUUAGAUCGAAUGUUAUUGUAUAUUUGACUAAGAUGUUUUUAGUAUUAUUUUCGAGUUCAGUAUUUGAUAGUGAGACAACGUUUUCGCUGAGCGAAUAAAAACAGUUAUGUACGUAUUUCCGAUUUAUUUAUGUGAACAUAAUGUAUCCGAUGAUACUAUGUGAUUUAUGUUGCUGUGAACAUUGUUUGUUUCGACUAACAUUAAAUGUGUUUAAAUUUGUUUUCCGUUUUCGACUAAUAUGUUGAUUGGUAAUUUUGUCGUCAAUUAAUACGUACUUUAUUUUUAUCAGGGUGUUUGAUAUAGGACAAAUAUUUUCUCCACAUUACCCAAUCAUAAACGUAACACUGCGGAAUAUAUGAUAUUGCAUGUUGUAUGACUAGUUAAUUGAAUUGUUGCGACAAAAUAAAUUAUAGGUGUUACUAAUUAAACAUGUUCGAAAACA